AUGGAUAAACAGAUACGCGAGGCAGCUGAACUUGUGCGAGCUAGACAAUUGCAAGCAGCUAACCUGAUUUGCUUUCUGGUGGCUUUCGUUGCACUACGUAGAUUGUCAACCAGAAGUCGUGCUAAUUUACCUACUAAUGAUGAAAUUUUACAACGACGAUAUGUGCGAGAAGAGAUGUUACACGACCUUUCAAACGGCGGUAAAUGUCGUGAGCUUAUCCGCAUGAGUGAGAAAGCUUUUAUGACAUUGUGCAGUAUCUUAAAGCGUGAUGGUGGACUUCGAGCUACUCAACGCAUGUCUGUUGAAGAGCAUGUUGCAACAUUUUUGCAUAUUGUAGGCAAUGAUCUGAGAAAUCGGUUUACCUCAUGGCUAUACCGUCGUUCUGGGUCAAUAACUAGUCGGUGCUUCCAUAGAGUUUUGCGAGCGAUUAUAUCAUUAGAAGGUCGUUAUAUUCAACAACCUAAAGGUGAUAUUGUCCCAAAAGAAAUUCAGGAAAAAAAAAGAUUUUAUCCUUUUUUUAAGGAUUGUAUCGGUGCAAUUGAUGGAACACAUGUUCGCGUCAAAGUACCUAAUAAGGAUGCCCCUAGAUAUCGUGGUCGUAAGGGAUACCCGACAACAAAUGUAUUGGCUGCUUGUACAUUUGAUUUAAAGUUUACGUAUGUGCUAACUGGAUGGGAGGGUACAGCAUCUGACUCAAGAAUUAUAAAGAAUGCGCUUACUAGAGAUGAUAAACUAGUCAUUCCGACUGGUAGAUAUUGUUUAGCAGACGCGAGUUUACCUCACACGAGUACCCUAAUGGCACCAUAUAGAGGUGUUAGGUAUCAUUUGAAAGAGUACUCCACGCGCGCCCCUGAGAAUGCAAAGGAGUUGUUUAACCUUAGUCGUGCAUCAUUACGCAACGCAAUUGAACGAGCAUUUAGUGUCCUAAAAAAGAGGUUUCCUAUUAUUAGAAGUACAGCGGAACCAUUUUACUCGUGCGACACACAGUCUGGCAUCUUUUUAGCAUGUUGUAUUUUACACAACUUUUUACUAGAAGAAGAUCGUGACAAAGAUUUUGAAGAUGAGGUUAUACAAGAGGUGUUAGAUGGACCACAAGAGGAAGAAAGUCAAAUUACAAGAGACAUACGUGAGGGUAGUACGAGAUCCGAACAACUAAGGAACUCAAUUGCAAAUGAAAUGUGGACUAACUAUUUGAAUUAUCCAAACAAUGAAAUAGAUAUGUCAAAGUAG